AUGAAUUUAUCCACCAUUGCUCAAAAUUUGGGUUCUACAAUCUCAUUAACUAUCUUACCUCGUAAAACUUAUCAAUUAUACGAAAUCAUAAAUACUAACUUAAAUCUUUUAGUGAAAUACUUAGCUGCUUACUUAUUAUUAGUUAACGCCGGUAACACUACCCCAUCAGUUGCUGAUGUCAAAGCUGUUUUAGAAUCAGUUGACAUUGAAGUCGAAGAAGACAAAAUCUCUAAAUUAUUAGAAGAAGUUGAAGGUAAAAACGCUGAAGAAUUAAUUGCUGAAGGUAACGAAAAAUUAUCUUCUGUUCCAACCGGUGGUGCUGCUCCAGCUGGUGGUGCUGCUUCUGGUGCUGCUGCCACUGAAGAAGCUGCUGAAGAAGAAGCUGAAGAAGAAAAAGAAGAAUCCGAUGACGAUAUGGGUUUCGGUUUAUUCGAUUAG